GCCAAAGAGUAAUUUAAGAGAAGCAGGGAAAACACAAUCACACGAACGUACACGUGACGAAAGGGGAAGAGAAUUAAGCGUUGACACAACUAUAGAACCGCAAGCACUAUUGAAGUCAUCAUCUCACGUGCAAGACGGUUCCAGCUUUCGCUUUCUGAAACACCCGACAAUCUUAGGAUCUCUUUAAAAAUGCUACAAAUGUGUUCUGAUCACAAGCUUAUCAUUGCUGUUUUGGUAAGUUAAUGAGUUAAUGUUUUUUUAAUAAUUGAUGGACUAAUAUUCUUAUUGCCCUGUCUGUUAAUUCAAUUUUAACAUACCUUGUUCUAAUAUUUAAUUUUUAUUUUAUUUUUUUAAUUGAAACACUAAACAGACAAUACCAGAAUAUAUUAUUUUAACUUAAAGCCGAUUCGUUGAAUUUUUGCUUUUCUUUUUUUCUUUUUUUUUAAAGUGACUAGUAAUUAAUCAAUUGUUUUGGUUGCUGUUAUGUUAGGUCGUGAUUUUGGUGAAGGAAGUGGCGCCAGCUACCAUGGAUGAACUCAUUGCUGGAGCGGCGGAGUCGAAGGAAGGCUUCGACCUGGCUGAUAUAGACGCAAAGACCGUAUGGCAAGAGUUGGACAUGGUGCUGACGCUAGAGCAGUACAGAGCCUUACAGGUGGGUUAGAUUAUAGGACUGGUUAUUUUUAUAACACUGGUUACAUUGUAACACUGAUAAUGUUAUAAUAACGGUUAUAUUAUACCACUGGUAAUAUUGAAGCACUGGUAAUAUUUUGACACUGGUAAUACUAUAACACUGUUUAAAUUUUAACACUGUUUAUUUUAUAACACUGGUUAUUUUAUAACACUGGUUAUUUUAUAACACUGGUUAUUUUAUAAUACUGGUUAUUUUAUAACACUGGUUACGUGAUGAAAUUUUGACAUGAAAUUAAGAAGUCAGUGAUAAUGAAGAAAUUAGAUUGUGAAUAUGGACGAUUUGUAAACAAGAUUUUCAUUAUGAAACAUGUCUGACACCUAGAUGGAUUUAAUUGAAUCAUUUUGAUUUGGCAGAAUUGAAAUGUUCCCCCCCCCCCUAAAAUAUUUAGGCUUUACACCAUUCUAAGGCUGGUAGACUUCGAUUAGAACUGCUUUACGUAUGUGUAUAAAAUCUUAUUUUAUAUCUCCCAGGACCUAAAACAAGGCGCAGCUUCUGAUUCGUCAAGACAUAAGCGUAAAGCCUUGUUGGCCGAGUCGUAUCGCUGGACAAACAAAGUGAUCCCAUACAAGAUAGUCCCUAAUGUUUUCAAUCCCAACGACAUGAGAGAAAUAAGACGAGCGAUUGACGAAUGGCAGAAUUAUACAUGUAUUAAUUUCAAAGAGGCCACACGCAGCGAUAGAAACUUCGUCAGUAUUGACAACGGAAAUGGGUGCUACUCUAACGUAGGUAUGAUCGGGGGUCCUCAAACCCUGGGCCUCGCUGGGGGCUGUCGUUUCAAAGGAAUCAUUGUCCACGAGCUGGGGCAUGCUGUCGGGUUUCACCACGAGCAGAACCGCCCUGACCGCGAUGAUCACGUGACCAUCAUCAGGCAAAACAUCCCGAAUAAUUUGUUCUACAACUUCCAAAAAUAUCCCUGGACGGCAGUCACCACUUUAGAAGUCCCGUACGACUACAAGAGCGUCAUGCAUUACGGGGGCACCGCUUUCACUAUCAAUGGUCAGGCUACCAUUAAAACAAAUGACCCUGCUUACCAAAACGUGAUCGGAAACAGAGUGGGCCUUAGCUUUUUUGACAUCAAACUGGCCAAUCUCAUGUAUAAAUGUAACUCGGGCUGUCCAGUCAACAAGGUGUGCCCCAGCCCUGGGUUCGUCGGGAAAGAUUGCAACUGCUGGUGCCCGGGCUCCCCCGUCAAACUUUGCGGUAAUGACGUCAUGGUUCCCGCCACCACGAUCACCCCGUCCACCGUCAGAACGACCCCCAGAUCCACCUGCGCCGACCUGAAUAGGUCCUGCCCUGCUUGGGCGAAGGCGGGCUACUGUCUGCAGAACACGUACGUGAAGACCUACUGCAAGAAGUCUUGCGGGACGUGCGGGUCGGCGCCCUCGGGCACCGUGACGAAGUGCGCGGACUUGAACACGCGAUGCGUGGAGUGGAGAAACGAAGGCUACUGCAAGGGUCCCUAUGAGGUGUUCAUGAACACGAACUGCGCCAAGGCAUGCAGGACGUGCGCCAAGUCUCAUCGCGACAACACCGGCUCUACGUCACUGCAGGUAGAAACCGGGGGGGAAGGAAACGGGGUGCUGGGGCUGUGCGGCAGUGUUGUGAUUGUUAUGUUGACCACAAUUAUCACAGUGUUGUGAAUCUGAUGAAAGUGGUUUGAUUGAUUGGCGUCAAACAAAACCAAAAAAAAAAAAGAAGAAAAAAAGAAGAAUAAAUAUUGCAAUUUAUAAAAAAAAUUAUAUUAAUGCUCUCAAUGAAGAUUUUUUUUUUUUUUUAAUGUGACAAAAUUAUUGUUAAAUUAAGCAGUAUUUUGUAAAAUGUAUAGAAAUAUUGUGUAAGAAUAGCAACUAAGUAUGCGUUGCUUAUAGAAAUCAUGUGUAAGAAUAGCAACUAAUUAUGUGAUGUCUGGAAAUAAUGUCUACAAAUAGCAACUAAUUAUGUGAUGUCUGGAAAUAAUGUGUACAAAUAGCAACUAAUUAUGUGAUUCUAUUGAAAUAAUGGGGACGAAUAGAAACUAAUUGUGUGAUGUUCUUGAAAUAAUGUGUACAAAUAGCAACUAAUUAUGUGAUGUAUAUAGAAAAAAUGGGUACUAAUUGCAACUAAAUAUGUGAUGUUUAUUGAGCUAAUAUCACUGAGUUGAAGAAAACCAUAUAUAUAUUUUUUUUUUUAAAUGGCUGUUUGUGUUUUGAUAAGUUCAAAUCAUAUAUGUUAAGAAAAUGGAUGACUGGGUGUGAAAGGGGAGAGAACAAGACUAAUUCACCUUUUAGAUAUUUUUGAGUGAACUGUUUAAGACUGUAAGAGUUGGGUGUCCUUCUGUUUGAUGUAGUUAUUUACUCAUGGCUUGGUAAAUUGUGAAGAUUUAAAUAGAUUAAUGAAAAAUGGUCAUGUGAUUUUUUUUGCAACAAUGACAAUGUUUAUUUAUUUUUUAUUUUUUUUAUUGUAUAUAAAAUAUGUGGAUAGAUAUUAUAAAUUGAAUGAUAACCAAAAACUAAAUUUGUAGAAAUAAAUGGAAUAAAUAUUAUUUUGCCUACAA